AUAGGGUUUCUCUGUGGUUUUGGAGCCUGUCCUGGCACUAGCUCUGUAGACCAGGCUGGUCUCAAACUCACAGAGAUCCGCCUGCCUCUGCCUCCCAAGUGCUGGGAUUAAAGGCGUGCGCCACCACCACCCGGCUCCCUGGUCAUUUUUAAAAUGGAUAUUUUUAUUAAUUCUUUGAGAACUUCACACGUGUACACGUAUUUUGAUCAUAUUCUCUCCCCACCCAUCCCAGAUCUACUCCCCUGCCUCCCAUCCCUCCUGUCUUCAUGUCCUGCUAUUUUUAGGUAACCCAACGAGUCCAACUCGCUAGAUCCUCAUGAGAGUGGAGCCAUACUCUUAAAGAACACUAACUCUCCUGUCUGCAGUCAUCAACUCUCAGCAGUUCCUCACCUGCUGAGGGGCUCAUGAGCCCUUCUACCCUCCAUGUCACCAGUCAUUUCUAACGAUCUCAUUGGUGCUGUUUCCCAAACAGAAGACUCCAGUCCUCUGUGCACUUAUGUUUAAAGUUCCUGGAUGUGAACCAGUAAGAUGGGACUCAGAACCAGGACGGGGAGGGCUUUCCUUUCUCAUGCCUUCUACUUCCUAAUGGGCUGUCUUGCUUGACUCCUAGGCCUAAGGUAAAUCAAUCUUUGUGCUGGAGAGACAGCUCAGGGGUUAAGACUGCUUACUGCUCUUGUAGAAGCCCUAGGUUCAGUUCCCAGCACCCUCAUGGUGACUUACAGCUGCCUAUAACUCCAGUUCCAGGGGAUCCAAUGCCCUCUUCUGACCCUCUCAGGCUCCCACACACACACAUACAUACACCCAGGCACACACACAUAUGAUUAAAAUUAAAAUUUUCAGAAAGUAAAUAGACUUGGUUUCAAAUUAGUGCCCAGUAGUUGAGGAUUUUUUAAAGACUUAUUUUAUUUUUAAUUACGUGUAUACUUGUAUGUUUCUUAGUAAAGGUACAUGCAGGUUCUUAGUGAGGCCAUGGAGGCCACUGGUUACAGGUCAUUGCUAGUCACCUGAUACGGGUGCUGGGAACAAAAUUGGGGCCCUCUGAAAAAGCAGUAUGUGCUCUUAACAGCUGAGCCAUUUUGCCAGGUCUAAUAAUUGAGUUUAUCAUUUUUACUUUCACCAAACCGAAAAUAAUUCUUUCCAAUUAGUUCCUUAGUGCAGACAUUAGCCAGCUAAAGGGACUCAUUUCAAGAGGACAGGUUGAGUGGGGUUUUAACAGCUACAGGAAGUGAAACAAGUCAACUCCUGGGAUGGGGACUAUGCUGCAGUCAGAGAGGAGAGGCAUGGGUAGCGGUACACACCAGCUAUCCCAGUACUCUCUGGAGGGGGAUGCAUGAAGAUCAAGGAUUUGAGGCCAGGCUGGGCUAUGUGAGAUCUAGUGUCAAGAAACAAAAGUCUAGCAAAGGAGAAGCAGGCAGCAGAUGAAGCUGGCUGAGCUAAUCUGUGUGUAGAUAUAAUGACAGGAUUUUCACAUUAAGAGACCCUGGACCUGACCAUGAGACAUCCGCUCUUGCCUAAGGAAGAGUGGAUGAGAUACGAGGAGAUAAGUCCUACUUCAGCCACAUCUGAAGAUGCUGUUCAGGAAAGAGGAGCAAGAGAAGAAUGGGCGCAGAAGUGAUCGUGUGGUUGAGAUCUGUGGACGUGCCCAGUCUAGGGUGCUUAUGAAGCUGCUUCAACCAGAAUCACCAUUUAAGAAUGGUUUGCUCUGCAGCUGUCUCACCCUAAAUGAGUAUCUACUGGAAUCAUAAAAAAAAAAAAUGUUUUGGAAACUACUAGACCAGGUUAUAACUCCUCAGGCUCCACAGUCUAAGGACUUAUUAACCUUAUGCAAAGUUCAUUGCUUGGGCUGCUGUUGACUUUUAUGACUCUGCCAAAGGGAUGUCUAUCUGCACUGAUUUCCCCAGGACUGAUGUGGAAACACCUCCACCUCAAAUGGGGAUCACUGACAGCAGCUCUGCAGAGAUCAGGCAGCUUGUUCAGAAAUGUUCCAUGGGCACUUUCUGUGUAUGGUAUCAAGGGCUAAAAAUAGGUCAUUACAUGCCAGCAAAGCCUAAGUUGCUUUUUAACCAGGCAUACUGAUAUGGGGAUUAAGAGCAAGGAUUCCAAAGCUAACCCCUCUUGGCUUCAACUCCUGGCUGUUGCUAGCUAGCUUUGACCUUGGGCAAGUUUCUUAAUGUCCUCAUGCCUUAGUGUUUUCAUCAUUAAAAUGGAAAUAAUAAGUAAAAACAAAUUAAUGUUUGUUUGAGAUAGAGUCUUCAUUUUAUUGUUUAAGCUGAUCAUGAACUCUUGGACUCAAAUGAUCUUCCUGCCUCAGCCUCCUAAGUAGCUGGGCCUGUGGACACAUCACUAUGUCUUGUGGUUUGUUUUUAUUUGUGUAUCUGAGUGGUGAUAACAACGGGGGGGGGGGAUUCAGAUCUCCCACACACUGGACAAUCGCUCUAUCAGCAACAGCUCCUUUCUUCCUACGCUGCUGUGGCCUCUACUACCCCGAGGUCACGUGGCAUUAAUGCUGACACUCCAAAGUGAUGAGUGGUUAACUGACAUGGGAUUUCUUGGGUCAGUAACAUUUACACAGAAUUUUGUUGUUUGUUUGUUCAUGUUUGUUAGUUUUUAAAGACAGGAUUUUACUAUGUAGUCUUGGCUGGCCUGAAGUUCUCUAUGUAAACCAGGAUGGCCUCAAACUCACAGAGAUCUGCCUGCUUCUGCUUCCCCUCUUGUUAGAGAUCAGGUUCUGCAGUUCAUCCUGGCUUUCAACUCCCUAGCAGCUGAGGUUGACCUUUAAUUUACAGUGAUCCUCCUGCCACUGUCUCUGAGACUAUGGAUCAUUCCAAGUUAGUAACAUUUAAAAAGCGAUGGUAGGAGUCCGCCCCUAAGCUAUGUGUCUUUGCCUCCUCAAGCCGCUGUCCAGCAAUCAGGUAUUGCAGUUUGUUGAGCCAAGUCGGCAGUUCGUAAAGGACUCAAUUCGGCUGGUUAAAAGAUGCACCAAGCCCGACAGAAAAGAAUUCCAGAAGAUUGUCAUGGCCACAGCCAUAGGAUUUGCUAUCAUGGGAUUCAUUGGCUUCUUUGUGAAACUGAUCCAUAUCCCUAAUAAUAACAUUACUGUGGGAAGCUGAGUGCUUUCGGGAACUAGGAGCAAAUGAGGGUGUGAGAAGCUUAUCAAGUAAAAAGUUGCCUGUAUACUUUGUGUUUUUCUUUCCUUUUUACCUCCCCAAGAGGUUUUGUAUUUCUAAACUAAAAUAAUUUCAAAAUUAACAUUUUUCCCAUGACAAAAAAAAAAGCGAUGGUAGGCCGGGAGGUGGUGGCGCACACCUUUAGUCCCAGCAAUCCAAUCAGGGAGGCAGAGGCAAGCAGAUCUCUGUGAGUUCAAGGCCAUCCUGGUCUACACAGAGAGCUCUAAGACAGCCAGGACUGUUACGCUGGGAAAACCUACCUCGAAAAACAAAACCAAAAAAGCAGUGGUGACCAUUUAUACAGAUUGGCAAUCCUCUAACUGUGCCGGGAAAAGCUUCAGAAUAAACUGCCUUCUGCUAUCAUAAUUCUUUCAUGAAAAGGCAGUUUUAGCAAAAUGCCUACUAAUCUGGGAAUAACAGGACUAUCUGUUUUGUGUACCUACACACUCCCACGGAAGUCAGGCCGACUACUGGGAGUUAGCUCCCUCCUCUACCAUGUGGGUCCCCGGAAUGAACUCCAGUUGUCAGGCAAGCACCUUUACCCACUGAUCCAUAUUGUCAGUCCUUGCUUAUUUUUGAGACACUAUCUCACGUACUGUAGCCCAGGCUGGCCCCAAAUGUGCUGUGUAGCUGACAAUGACCUUGAACUCCUGAUCCUCCUGCCUUCACUUCCAAACAAAUGGGUUUACAGGUAUGAACCACCAUGCCUAGUUUUUAACAGGAUUUUAACUGAAUUGGAUUUUGGCACUAGGAGCUGGGGAAUAUGAUUCAGUGUAAUGGCAUUUGCCUGGCAUGUGCAAAGCACCAGGUUUAAUCCUCAGCACAGCAAUAAAUAAGAAAAUAAUGACUUCGGUUUAGCUAAAAUAGAAAAAGGCUGGCAGUGUGGUGGCGCACACAUCUAAUCCUAGUACUCAGGAGAGCAGUAGACAGAGCUAAAAAGGAAAUGGAAAACAGGGCUGACAAGAUGGUUCAGGAGGGCGACAUUUGCCCCCAAGAUCGAUGACCGAGUUCCAUCCCCUGGACCCACAUGAUAGAAAGAGAACUGACUCAUGCAAGCUGCCCUGUGACCUCCAUAAAUCCCUUUAGUGUGUGUGCAUCCAAACACUGAGACAGGAAAUCAAUAGGCUCAAGUAAAGCGACAACUGUAAGCAAGCAAGCAAAACCAAGAACUGGAGACACCAGUCAGCGAUUUCUUAACCUAGGAUCCAGGUUCGAUCCCCAGCAGCCAUGCAGCUGCUCACAGAUGUCCAUAGCUCCAGUUCCAGGAGAUCAGAUGACCUCUUCUGGUCUCCCUGGGCACUAGGCAUGAGCAUGAUACACAUAUGCACAUACAUACAUGAAAGCAAAACAUUUGUAAGUAUUUCUAAACGCAUUAAAAAACAAAAGAACUGUAGGCAGAGGUCAACCUGGUUACGCAGCUGUCAGGAAUCUGACAGACGUUAGCAGUGAGAGCUCUGCUCAGGCAGCGCUAGCACAAACAGGCUCAUCCAGAGCAAAUGCUGCACACCCCUCAGUUUCCUGUCUUUCCUGGAAAAGCCAUGACAUUCACAAAUUUCUCCAAAGUCUGACCAGUCAAGCUCUCUCCACAAACACUCUAUUCAUGGACACUCUGCCUGGAGCAGCCUGCUGUCCUGUGUGGCAAACUCCCUCCCUUCUUCUCCUCUUCCCUCCCCACUCAACUAGUCCACGACUGAGCUUCAGCUGCCAGCUGUGACAACACUACCCUGUUUUUUUGUUUGUUUGUUUUGUUUUGUUUUUGUCCACUCACUCAACCUUGAAAUAGAGGUCUCUGACCAGGUCCUGUCUGUGACACAGCCUGUGGUCAACGCUGUUUGACAGGUUGAGACAGAGCAGUAAGACGGGAAACUGAGGGACAGGGAAAGGGAAAGAGGCCCUUACCUCAGACUCAGCUGAAGCUGCUUGCCAGCUGGACGGGAAACGUGAGUACAACCAACGCAAUUUACUGUGAAGUCUGCGUACAGAGACAAUGUUCCUCUGAUAUAGCAGGAUUUAAAAUAAGGCUCUAAAGUAGCAAUAAGGAAGGAUUUAGGCCUAAAAGCAUGUGACCUUUGAGUGUAAGCUUACUCUUUUCCCAGCUGGAAGCUUGCAGCUUUCUGAGAAACCUCACAAACAAAAUUAUCAAUUUUCUUUGCUUUCAAUACAUGUUUUAACAUUUUUACAAGAUUAUUUAUAUUUUCUGUGUAUUAGCGUUCUGCUUGUAUAUAUGUAUGUUUUAUGUGCACCACACAUGCAUGCCUAUGGAGGUCAGAAGAGGGCAUCAGAUUCCCAGGAACUGGAAUUACACAUGGUUGGAAGCUGCCAUGUGGAUGCUGGGAACUGAACCUGGGUCCUCUGCCGGAGCAGCAAGUGCUCUUAACUGCCAAGCCAUCUCUUCAGCCCCUUUCUUUCUUUCUUUCUUUUUUUUUU